CCUGCUGGGCAAGGGAUAUUGCCCCAGUCCUGGUGGCCUUGCUGCGUGUUGUCCCCAGCCUUGUUGUCACCUGCUAGCUGGUCUUUCUAACAGCUGUUUCUGCCUCUCUCCGUGGCCACCAGCCCCAGCCGCAAGUCCUCAGAGCUCUGCCCACGUUAAAUCCCUUUGGCACAAAAGAGCCCCCGCUGCCAUCUGCCAUCUCACCUCCUUCCCGGGAGCUCCGGGACGUGGCCGUGCUUCAUGGUGGCUGCUGGGACCGGGAGCUCCUGGACCAGCAGAGGGACAAUAUUCUUUCCAUCAAGGAAAUACGAAACGUAAAGGUUUUUAAGAGCUGUCAAGGGCUGGAGCUUUGUCCUCACAGCCUCCUGGUUGCCUUCUGCUGCAGGCUCGAGGGAGGAAACCCUCAAAGACCCAGCGGAGUCAGGAUGCUGCAAGAAUGGGAGCUCCUUGGGAGCAGCAGCCCUGCUGCCUUACGUGCCCCGCGUGCCCCCCGCGGCGCUGCUGGGGAAGGUGACGGCCACCACCUUCGCGCUGGAGAUGCCGUGCUGCGUCUUCGAUGGACACGCCAACGCCUCCGACGCCGUCUGGCUGGUGGUGGCUUUCGCCAACGGUGAGCGCCCGCUUCUCCGGCACGUGCUCCCUGCCAUGGCGGGGAGAUGUGGGGGACCCUCGCCACAGCCACUCACCCCCCAUCCGUGCCGCGCAGCCUCGGACGCCUUCAGAAACCCCCCGUCCCGCGAUGAUGUGCCCCCGUACGAGCGGCUGCCCACCGCCCACUCCUAUAUGACACUGGAGACGGCAGCGGCCGCCUACGCCUGCCCGGCGCCGAGCCCGGCCGUCCUGCGUGUCGGGGGUGACACGGCGUGCGGGGGAGAGGGCGGCCGGGACCCCUGCAACGGACCCCUGCCCUCCCCGGGACCCUACAGGGUGAAGUUCCUGGUGAUGGGCUGCCACGGCCCCAAAGCGGACACGAGGUGGUCGGACCCCAUCCUCCUGCGGAGAGCCGCCAGCCCGAGCACCAUCGACCCUGCGCCCGUGCGUCGUGACAGUGCCCCGGUCGUCGUCGCCUCCAUCCUGGCCAGCCUGGGGGCCGCGCUGGCCGCGGCGGUGCUCGGCGCUGUGGGCGCCGAGGCGUGGGGGUCCCUGUGCCGCCGGGAUCCGGGGAACGGCGCCUUCGCCCACAGGUCCUACAGGACCCACCACAUCCCCCCGGCCCUGCCCCAGCCCCUGCCCCCCGGCUGCGGCUGCAGCCCCCCGGGGCUGGGCUGCUUCGCCCCCCGGCGCCCCGGUCCCUGUCCUGCCGACACGCCUCGCCGGCGGGCGCUCGGGUGUAGCAAAUGCUCCCCCGGGGAAACGAGCCCGACCUGUUUGCCACCGGGGCCGUGGCUGGCGCAGGAAUGUGGGCGGUUGGCAGCCGCAGGCGGGUCCCGUGGGGACGCGGAGCCCGGACGCCCGCACUCCUGCCCUCGGCACUCAGGCGCCCGCACGAUGCUCCCGCUGCUCCUGCUGCUCCUGGCCACGGCCCGCGGGCUGGAUGGUCUCCCGACCCUGGAGGCCCCGGUCCUGGCCAGCUCGUCCCUGGGGGGCCAGAAAACCACCUCCACCUUCGUGCUGGACCAGCCCCGCUGCGUCUUCACCAACGUAUCGAAGGACACUGUCAUCUGGCUGGUGGUGGCCGAUCCCAGGGCCGUCCCCGACUUCGACAACAGCGUGGAGCCGGGGGGUCCCGGGCGGGAGUUCCAGCAGUUCCUCAACAGCACCUUCGCCUACAUGACCCUCAACACCACCAUCCUCAACUACCCCUGCCCCAAAAACCCCGGGGACAUCACCGUGCUGCGCGUCGGCAGCGAGACCCGCUGCGCCAAGGAUAAGAAGAGACCCACCUGCAACGGCCCCCUGCCCGGCCCCGGGCCAUACCAGGUGAAGUUCCUCGCCCUGGACGGCUCCAAGCCCGUGGCCCAGACAGCCUGGUCAGAACCCAUCACCCUGAGCACAGCCCAGCCAUCCGGCAACAUCCCCGUGCCGGGCAGCGGGCACAGCGCCGGCAUGAUCGCCCUCACCUCCAUCCUCUCCAUCCUCUUCGCCAUCCUGCUGGCCGGCCUGGUGGCCAUGCUGCUCUGGGGCUCGGACGCCAGCAGUGGCAGCAGCACCUUCAGCAAGCCGGAGGCGGUGACGGUGCGGCGGUACAACACCCACCAUGUCUACGACCAGCCGGCCGCCCGGCUCUGAGCCCCCGCCACAGCCCCCCGCCGCCCCCCCAGCACCUCCCCACCUGCUCCCGCGCCGGCCGCCACCAUCCUGCGCACCCGCGGGUGCCCUCGUGGCUGCCCCAGCGGUGUGGGUGGCACGAUGGCCACCCCUGCGGGGGCACGGCCAGAGCUGCCCCACGGGCAGGGAACUGUGAUGGAGCGGGAGACUAAAGCCCUUUCC